GAGUUUUGUUGACUGGUUUAUUGUGCUAUAGCCUCUGUGUUGGCUUGUUGCUGUUGACGCUUGGAGACAACCAUUGUGAGCACCUCUCUGGUGUCCAUUGUCGAUGACCUUCACGGUUUUGAUAGGUCCAGCUGGAUUGUCACGUCGUACUUGCUGACCUAUACCGGCUUCCUGCCGCUGUGAGUCAUGCCUGCUGGAUAUCCUCCUGCUUGACAGGCCCCCCUUCAACGAUCAUCGGUCAAAUCGUUAUGCAUGACACUAACUGACAUGUUUGCAAUCAGUAUCAUUUUUCGGGCUCUCCAGGGCAUGGGAGGCUCGGGUAUAUACUCUCUAUCUACUGUCAUGGUACCUUUGAUGGUUCCGCCCCCCAAGUAUGCAGCCUACAUCGCCAUCUUCUCGUCCGUCUUUGCCAUCUCCAGUGUUCUUGGCCCUAUACUCGGCGGCCACAUAGCAGACAACACCACUUGGCGAUGGGUUUUCGUCUUCAACGGACCCGGAGGAGUCCUUGCAGCCUCACUGGUGGCCUUCUCGGUGCCUUUCGGCUUUCCCUAUGGGAGAUCCACCAUGUCAUUCCGCACUCUGGUGUCGAGGCAGACGUGGGAACGUGUCGACUUUGUUGGCGCGUUCUUGUCCUCGGCCGCAUCCAUCCUCGUCAUCUUUGCUCUUGAACAAGUCGUUACCGAGUACCCUUGGAACGGCGUCGCCAUUAUCACUGCCUUCGUCUCGUCCGGGGCCAUGUGGCUGGCUUUCGUGGCAUGGGAGAGAUGGAUAUCGGCAAAGGACGGCGUCUGCGAGCCCCGUGGCGACUUACCUCGAAUAGGUUCGUCUUGGGUCUGCUCUUAAACGGAUUCCUUACGGGAUUCCCCUUCAUGACUGCAAUCAUCAACAUCCCGCAGAGGCUACAGACGGUCAACUCCAUGACAGCAAUCGGUGCCGGUAUAUCGCAUGC